AUGGCGGCGCGGCGGGCGCUGCUGGCGGCGGGGCGCGCGGCGGGCGGGCGGCGCGGGGCCGCGGGGACCGCUCCCGGCCCGGGUCCCGCUUCCGCUCCCGGGGCCGGGGCCGGGGCGGGGCGGAGCCGCCUGUACGAGCACGUGCGGGAGGGGCUGAGCGCGCGGCCCCAGCUCGACGUGACCGCGCUCAGCGAGCGCGAGGUGGAGCAGCGGCGCGGGCCCCUGGGAGGCGCCGCGCUCCGGGAGAUCGUGCGGACGUGGUGGCGGCUGGGGAAGGUUCGGGAUGGCAUCGCCCGGCUGGAGGCCGAGAAGGGGCGUGUGGCCCAGGGGGUCCGCGAGAUCAUGGCCUCCCACGACAAGGCGUCGGCCAAGACGCUCCCGGAAUUGGCAGCAUUGCGGGAGAGGGGCCGGAGCCUCCGGGGGCAGCUGCGGCUGCUCGAGGCCGAGGAGUCUGACCUGGAGCAGAGAUAUUACUUGGGGGCCUUGCAGCUGCCCAACAGAACCCACCCUGCUGUGCCUGUUGGGGACCAGAGUCAGGCUCGGCUGCUCGAGGUGGUUGGUGAGAAGCCAGUGUUUGAUUUCAAGCCAAAGGGACACCUGGAGCUGGGGGAGGAGCUGGGCAUCAUCCGGCAAAGGCGCCUGUCCCACGUGUCGGGCCAUCGCUCCUAUUACCUGUGUGGGGCUGGGGCCCUGCUCCAGCACGCCCUUGUCACCUUCACCUUGCAGAAGCUGCUCAGCAAGGGUUUCCUGCCCAUGACGGUGCCAGACCUCCUGCGAGGAGCCAUUUUUGAGGGCUGUGGGGUCCAGCCCAGCGCCACCCCCUCCCCAGUUUACACCAUUGACCCUGCACGCUUCGAGGAUCUGUGCCUGGCUGGGACCUCGGAGGUGGGAAUUGCAGGGUAUUUCAUGGACCAUGCAGUGCAGCUGCAGGACCUGCCUGUCAGGGUCGUGUGUUCCAGCACCUGCUACCGCACGGAGACCGACACGGGCCGGGAGCCCUGGGGGCUCUACCGUGUCCACCAGUUCACCAAGGUGGAGAUGUUCGGGGUGACGGCGGCCGAGCGCGGGACAGAGAGCGAGGAGCUGCUGGACGAGUUCCUGGGGCUCCAGAAAGAGAUUUUCUCAGAGCUGGGGCUCCAUUACCGUGUCCUGGACAUGCCCACGGAGGAGCUGGGGCUUCCCGCCUACCGCAAGUUCGACAUUGAGGCCUGGAUGCCUGGACGGGGCAAAUUUGGGGAGAUUUCUAGCGCUUCCAACUGCACGGAUUACCAGAGCCGGCGGCUGAACAUCAUGUACAGCGGGGAGGGGGGCCGGCUGUGCCACGCCCACACAGUGAACGGAACCGCCUGUGCUGUGUCCCGGAUGCUCAUAGCACUCCUCGAGUGCAACCAGCUCCCGGAUGGCCGUGUCCGUGUGCCCCCGGUGCUGCAGCCGCUGGUGGGGCAGGAGGUGCUGGCCCGGCCCCCCACCCCCCUCCUGCGCUACAUCGGCCCCAACCAGCCUGGUGGGGGCCCCCCCAAAAUGGAGGGGCGGGGGCCCUGAGGUGGGGAGGGGUCCCCAUGGAGGAGGCAGAGCCAGGGCUGGGCUCAGAUGGAGCUGGGACAUCGUGGGAUGGACACGCAGGACACUGGACACAGGGGACACGUGACAACCCCACCCAGUGCGUCUCACCUAUGUCACCAUGGUGACAAAUCCCGGGAAUAAAACCUGGAAAUCCUC